AUGAGUCCGUGUCCCGGAGACUAUCCGGGUCGGACCAUACCGGAUUGGCUUGACCCGAAAAACCAGCAUGGCCGCUUGUUUUACUUGUUCCUCAAAGCUCGUGAUGGACACACUCUUCCGAACCCGUUUUUGGUUGGGAAAUCCAUAGAGAAACAUGCUGGAAAGAUCGAUGGAGCGUUUUUUGAUCGCAUCAGGAAGUGGUAUGUUUUGAAGAUUCGGAACAAAGAGCAAGGCAAAAAGCUUGAGGAAUUGAAGGAAUUAAUCGAUGGAACCCUAGUAGAAAUCGGCAAUCAUCCUAAUUUGAAUUAUCGAAAAUUCGUCGUCAGAUGUAGUGAAGUGAUCGACAUGACAGAGGCGGAAUUGCUAGCUGAGUUGUUAUCGCAGAAAAUUACCGAAGUAAGAAGAAUAACAAAAAAAUCGGAAAACAAAAUCAUCGGCACCCCAACUUUAGUUCUAACUAUCAACAGUACAAUCGUUCCCGAGUACGUGGAUUUUGGUCUCCUCCGAGUCCGAACCCGUGUCUACAUACCCCAGCCUUUGCUAUGCCGCCUUUGUUUCACCUACGGUCAUCCGAAGAAACGAUGCCCGAACGAACGCAAGUGCAGUGUUUGCAGCAGCACGAAGCACGAUAGCAGCAACUGCCCGGGCCCUAAAUUUUGCCACACAUGCGAAUCACACGACCACUCGCCAUCAGAACGAACAUGCCCGAAAUGGAUUGAGGAAUCACAUGCCCAUCGAAUCAGUGUAGAGCAAAAUUUACCUCUUGCCACAGCCCGCCAGCAAGUAAAAAACAACAUCACCAAGAACAGCUACGCUAACAUCACCCGAUCAACAAACGAUCCAGAAAAUCCACACCACAUCAGACCACACCACACCACAAAUGAUCAGCAGCCACCACAACUAGAAGCAACAAAGAAACAGCAGCAACAAAAACGUGACCAUACUACUUCGGCUACCGGACCACCAGCUAUUCAUCCGACAACCCCUUCACCUCCUCGGAAGAAAAACUCCCCCCUCGUUUCUCCACCCGACUCCACGGACAGAGUUGGGCAAGAGAACAAUAAACCACUGUGCACUAACGGCCGACGACUCGGCUGCCGGCUGCCGGCUGCCGGCUGCCGGCUACCAUCUGCCUUCUGA